AUGUCCUCUUUAAAUUCCCAUCCCCACCACAAGCAACAAAGAAAAUUAAAAGACAAAAGAGAGAGAGGGAGAGGGAGAGAGGGAGAGAGAGAGAGAGAGGGAGAGGGAGAGGGAGAGAGAGAGGGAGAUAUCUAGCUAGAGAGAGAGAGCCUCAACUGAUCAACUCCAUUUUCAAAUUUGCAACACCAUUAGAAUGGCUGGGGAAUGCACAGAAAGCUCAAUAGCCACCUCUUCCGCCACUCCCAACUGGUGGCCAGAUUUACGUACGAAUUCUCUCUCCUCAUGGAGUAGUACUACGAAUCCGUGGCAUCCCCAUCAAAACCCUAAUUCCAACUCUUCUGGAGAGGAGGACAUGUCCAUCUCUAACCAGUCUGGUUUAAGUGUGGAUUCAUCGAGACAUCUUGUUGAUUCUUCUUCGGCCAACGACUUCAUUGGAGAAACUGCUUCUGAUAGUCAGCUUUGGAGCCAUAUUUUAAUAGAUGUUGGGAGCAGGGAAGAAUUGAAUAACACUCAAGAAGUUGGAGGGAACUCAACCAAUCUAUUUGCAUCCAAGAGUUUAUCAACUGGGAUGUUUGAACCAGCCUACAGUGACUACUUAAAGAAAAUGGACAACAGUUGGGAAUUCGCAAACUCACCAUCAUUUAACAACUUUGACCAAAAGCAUUUUAAUGGGUUUAAUCAUGGCGUAAUGGAAAGCGAAAGGCUAACCAAGUUGUCAAAUUUGGUCAGCAACUGGUCCAUUGCACCUCCAGACUCUGCUGGAAUACUCAAUCAUCAGUUUGAUCUCAGUCACAUGAAGCAAACAAUGAGCAAUCCAACGCCGUUCGGCGGGAUUUUGAAUAGAAACUUGGGUUCGUUUUCGUGUUAUGGACAUGAUUCAAAAGUGAAGUACGAACAUCAAAUAGGUCUUAGCAACUCAUUUGUAGGAGAUAACAAGUACUACUAUGGAACAUCUGAGGUGCCAUGCAAUACUAGCACAAGAAGUUUCUCAGAUGUUAUGAAUUUUAGUAGCUUUUUGAGCAAGCCAUCGGUUGGUAUUCAUGGUUCCAAAUCACGUCCAAGGUCUCUGCCCGAUUGCAAGAAGCAGCCUUCAAUAUCAACAACACAAACGGUGACAAGAAGUAGCAUAAGAGGACAAGGGCUUAGCACUGAAGGAAAGAAGAAAAGAUCAGAAGAGAAUUCAGAGACAGCAUUAAAGAAGCCUAAGCAUGAUAGUUCUACAGUCUCUUCUUCAAAGAUGCAGGUUCCAAAAGUCAAGCUUACAGACAAAAUCACAGCCCUCCAGCAAAUUGUGUCCCCAUUUGGAAAGACAGAUACUGCAUCUGUUUUGGGGGAGGCAAUUGGAUAUAUAAAGUUCCUACAGGAGCAAGUGCAGCUCCUUAGCAACCCUUACAUGAAGAUUAACACAUGCAAGGAUCCAUGGGGAGGGUUGGAAAGAAAGGAUAGAGGGGAUUUAGUGCUGUUCGAUCUACAGAGCCGAGGUCUUUGUCUAGUUCCAAUCUCCUGUACCCCCCACGCUUGUCGUGAAAACACUGGAUCCGACUACUGGACGCCAACAUACCGAGGGUGUUUGUAUAGAUGAAUCAAGUUUCUUCCUUCCAAGAAAUCUUGCCCAUGUAAAAGUUGAUGCAUGCAUGGUUAAGUAGAAACAUAUAAAUUGGAAAAUGUUUGCGUGCUACGUCAAUGAGUAAUAUUUGCAUUAGACCUAAACUAGCAAACUAUAGCUGUUGGGUAACUUUUGAUAAAUUAUAUACUAGCCAGCCAGUAUUGUGGUAAAUUACACCAACAUCAAAUUGAAGAAAUUGUAUGAACUGUCCACGAUAAUGGAAAUAUCGUUAUUCAUUCGUUCUGA